CGCCAGUGAACACGGAAACAGCGUAGACUACGGACGAGGGAUAGCGCGCAGCGUGGGUGAUCUUUUCUGGCUUACCAGGCUAGCCGGGUGUCAAGCAUAUUUCCACUCAAAAGUGUCGCACAUGGUGCUUGUUCAGAAGCAGUAUUGGAGGGUGAACAUAAUCGCGAAGAAUGCCUCCAGAUAGGGGGUCCACAAGAAAACCAGCACCCCCAGACAAAGAUGGCACAAAGAAAACGACACCAGUUAAAAGUCACAACUCUAGGCAAGAAGGUACUAAAGGCAAAAGAACAGCAGAUGAUAAAGACAAGCGCAAAGAAGAUCAAAAAGCGACUGUCGAACGUACACCGAAAAGUAGAGACUCGUCAUCACUGCGCACGAAUGACAGCCGAUCACAACAGAAGACGUUACGAAGGGGAGAUGAUGUGCCAGUAAAAAAGCGAGACAUUGAUAAAUCCGAUAGAAUAUCGUUAGAUAAACGAGAUAAUAGGAAUACAACAGAUGCGUUGAAACAGAAGUCUUCAAGAAAUGUAAGUAAUGAUGUAAACAAACUGAAGGAAACAUUAAUGAAGAGAAGAAACGCUGGACAGUCUGCUGAAAAAUCUACAACACCACGCCGCCCACCAGACGUAUCAUCUCGAGAGCUACGUACGUCUACUCACAGCCUCUCAAGAAAAACGACAAAUUCUCUAAAACCCUCUUCUACUAGUUCUCCAAGAUAUGAUUCAAGAAGUCAACAAAAAUUGUCAACAACCACAUAUAGACAGGUAGAUCAGAAUAAGCUACAAAGAAAUGAAAGCAAAUCAAGAACACACGGGAAGGAAUCCAUUUCUGGAAUCAAACAAUCAUUAGUCACCAACACCACUGAUUCAAAUGAAUUGUCUGCUGCAGUCAAUGCAGAGCCUGCUGCAUCACAUAAAAAGGAUUAUGAAAGGCACUCACGCAAGAGCAUUGAGGAAAAUAUGGCUCAUCAGAGAAGUCAACCACGGAAACUCAGUAGGGACCGAACAAGAACCAGGACCCUUAGCCCAAGGGAAGUGAAAGUUGUAAAAGAUGUUGGUACAUUUGACAAGCAGAAAAUGAAAGAUGAAAUUGAAAAGUUUUUGAAUACACCUUCUACAUCUUCAGCUGUACCUCUUAUGCCCCCAACUAUGGUAGCAUCAAAAGAAGAACCAAAUAUUGAGAAUGAUGAAGACUAUGAGUAUGAGGAUGAUUUUGAAGACUAUGAAUCUGACUUUGAAGAGUGCACGGAUUCUGAUGAAGAUAGUGAAUCAAGUACUUCUGAUAGUAGUAACAGUGAAAUUGUUGCUCAGGAUAAUGAUCUGAAGAAUUCUUCACAACAGCAGAAACCUUCAGUUGAAGAAGAAAAGAAAAUGGAUUCUGGUAACUACGACUUGGCUGAAAAUCAGCGCAAAGAAAAAAGGAUUCAAGAAUUAAAACUGGCUGUUGAAAAGGAAAAUGCCACAGUUGCUCAAAAACGAAACAAACCACCGCUAGAAAGAUCUGAGCAAGUUUUUGAAGAUGAAGGUUUUGAGGAUGACAAAUCUGAGGAAAUAAAGAAUGUCAGCAUAAAAAUGAAACAGAGUUCCAUAAAUUUUGAAAGUGCAAGGAAGACAAGAUUACAACAACAGAUGUCGAGAAGAGUCAAGAAACGUGGUGAGCAGCUUAUGAAAAUGAUCCAUUUUGAUGUUGUUAGCUUUGGUCUUCUUGAUUUACCACCAAUUCCAUAUGAUAUUUACAUGAGAUGUUAUGGGAAAUGUAACUCUGUUCAGGCAUAUGUUCAAACUAAUGAAGACAAUUUAACUGAAGAAACUCAGACAGAAGAGAUAACAAUGAAAAAUAAAUGGACACAGAACCCAGUGUCUUUCCAUACUCUCAAAAAAGAAGAUGAUAAGAAUAAUGAAAUACAAUUGUUUUCACAGGAAAGCAGAGGUGUUGGUGGUGAUGAAGUAGAAGAGAAUGCUGAUGUGUGGAAGUCAUUCAUAAAGAUUGACACUGUGAGAUUAUCUCAUUUCUUGCAGUCAGCUGGGAAGGCUGUUUUAAUAUUACUGGAAGAAUCAUUACUGCAGAAAAAUGAAAAGUGGAAAAAUAAAACAAAGUUACCUUUCAGUGACGGAUUUGUGUCACUGAAUGUAGAAUCAGUGGACUGUUUGAAAAAUAUACCUGUCACACUUAUUCGAUUUCCGCCAGGACAGGCCACCAUAUUAUUGACUGCUCACCAAGGGAAAGAUCAGGUCAGCAAGUUAUGUGUAUGGAGUCUCUUGGAACCAUCAAAACCAUUCAUGGUGCUUUCAUGCCCUGGCACUGUGUCAGCCACCUGCUUUGACAGUCGUGCACAUGUGGUUGUGGCUGGUUUAUCUGAUGGGACCAUCUGUCUUUGGGAUCUUAAAGAAGAUUCUGCACACCAUAUAACUGGGAUGAGAUCACCAACAUAUAAUACAGCUAAUUUUUUGAGAAAAGAUGGGCACUUUCAGUCUGUUGUGGCAAUAGAGCCCAUCACACACAAAGUUGAUAAUACUGGUACUGUACUUAGCAGUGAAGUUUCUCCAGCACAGAUAUGCAGUCUAGAUGCUGGUGGUCUGAUUGUCAUAUGGACAGUGAUACAGAAUUCACAGACUGAAUUCUUGCCUGCCAGGGCAUCCCAAAUGGACCUAGGUCUUGCAUACUGGGGUAGAACCAGGCUUAUACUGAGCUCAGUUGUCAACAUACCUGUCAGGAUGGCCUCUUUCACUCUGCUCAAGGACGCAGAAUACCUUUCUUUAGGAAUUGAUGACAAGGACCAUUUAUAUGUUGGAACAACAGCUGGACGUAUUAUUCACUGCCUGAGAUCUGGUAUGAAACCCCGGCCAAAGAUGUAUCUCACUUCAGAUGAUGUUUGCAGUCUUGCCACAUGCAUCGAUGUUUGCCCUUUUGGAGAACCAUUCUUUUUGGUUGGCUGCAGUGAUGGCAGUAUGAAACUCUUCUGGCGGAAUUCAGAAAAAGGGAUUGCACAGACACCUGCUGGCACAUCACCGUUGGUUUCUGUCCAGUGGUUGUCCCAUUCACCAUGUUCAAUUUUCAGCCUUGACCGUACAUCCAGGAUACAAGUUUGGGAUCUGAAUGUAAGUGAUGUGUCACCAGUUCAUUCUGUCUGCUGUGAAAAAACAGCAACAUCUAUGAGGCUUUCACCAAGGCAUAUUAAUGGAAGAGAAAUUCCAACACUAGUCCUGUCAUUUGAGGAUGGAACCAUGGAAGUUCAUCAGUUAAGAAAAGAAUUUUGGAAUCACUCUCAGAGUGAUUUUAGAGAUAAAAUUAACAACUUUUUGAGGUAUACUGGUGUCUUCUAAUAUGAAGUAGACCUGGUCCCAUACACAAAUAUUUCAUUGUUGGUAUUGGUUAUAUGAAAAUCAUGUACUGUAGAUAUAAUUUAAUUUUGUAAAUAUGAAUGCAUUUAUAUGAAUAUUGUGUCAGAGAUUUCUUUUGAACCAGUAGACACUCACAUGUUUCUCAGUUUUGUUAUUGCAUGUGAACCAGACUGUGACCUGAAAUUUAAUACAUCAGAGUAUGUAUCCAUGAUAUUUUUGUAGGCUUACAUAAGUGUGAUUUAUAUGUAUAUACUCUGUAUGUAAUAUCAGAACACAUUGUUUAUAUAAGUUGUUAUUAAUACUGAAAACUAUGGUCCAGUUGUCUGAUAAUGACUAAUGUGUUCUAUUAAAACUGCCUUACAUGCUUUCAGGUUCCCCAUGCACUUAUGAGUUGUAAUGGAAUCCAUAUUGAAUACA